CUGUAAAGUCCGGCAUUUUAACAUGGGGGCGUAUGAGGAUUGGCUCGUUUUUGGAGCCAGCCUCAAGUAGCCAUUGGAGGAACUGCAAAUUUUUGGCACUUUUAACAUCGGCCUCUGCCCGAGAGGUUCCUGCAUGGUUGGGAACCACUGGACUAAACUACCAAAAAAUAAAGUAGUUUAGCUCCACAUAAACCAGCUACAAUACAAUCCUCAGCCACAGGAGCCAUUCUGCUACAGGAUGAGGACUUUUACUUUGAUGCUUUAAUAUAUUUAGCUGCUAACAAUUCUGUACUUUUACUCAGAUAGCUUUUUGAGUUUUUUUGAGUGCACUGACUAUCUGCGUAGAUAGGAAGGAAUAAGUGAGUGUCUGAGAUUUUUUUAUUUUGGGUGAAAUGUUUUUCAGUUUCCACUGAUUUCACUGAAGAAAAGCCCAAAUUACAACGUGUAGGAAACCUGAGUGGUGUAAUCUGAGUAAUCAUAUGAUUAAAAAUAUAACAUGACUUAAAAACAGAAAUGAAAUCGUAACCGUCACUGUCAAAAACGAUUUGCUCCUCCAUCAUGUUGUUGACACGCGUUGACUGCACAGAGAGCAGCCCCUUUGAUUCGUUCUGCCAUCAGAUCUUACAGUUUGCAUGGAAAGUGAUGAGGCUUUGAUGCAGAAACAUUAGUCACAUGGGUCUGCCUGUGAGAGCUGAACGUGUAAACAGGACAGCAGCAGCACAUUGGUAGAGAUCAGUGGGCGGAGGAGACAGGAAGACAGGAAGAUAUCACCAGGUAAGGAAAUAGUGACACAGAGGAUGGGUAGAGUGAGUGAGAGGGCAGAGAGAAAGAAAGAGAGAGUCGCACCUUGAGGAAGUUAACAAAACAUUAGAAGGAGAGCAAAGAGCACAUCAUAUUGAAGGAUGGGACCUGUGCAAUGUUUUGUGAUGCUCUUGAUGUUACGCGUGAAGUUGGUGCUCACCCUCCCACUGAAUGAUGAGACCAUAUAUUUCAAUGCUGGAGACAGACAGUGUAAAUUGUGCCCUCCAGGUAUGUAUCAGAAGUCUUGUCUUGAGUGUGAAAGCUGUCCUGCUGGAAGCUACACGACUCAGCUGAACCGUGAAGAAAAAUGCCAUUUCUGUUCAGGAGACUGCAGACCAGAGUUUAAUCUGAAGGUGAUACAGGAGUGUACCAACACAUCCAAUGUGAAGUGUGUCUGUGAGGACGGUUAUGAAUGCAACCAUGAGGUCCCAUACUCAACAGACUGCAGAUUCUGUGUCAAGAUCAAGACAAGGACCACAACUGCAGCAACUCCAGCCAGAGAUAAACACACACCUUCCACAACUUCCUCAGGACAUAGCAGCUCUUCCGCCAAACCCUGCCAAUUUCCCAAGUGUGGCACGCAGACAGUCCUACGGCCAGGAAAUGGCACACAUCUCAAAGGACAUGAGCAUGAGAGGAACAAGAUGAGCAGUCAGCUGGCGGCCAUCUUGUGUCCAGUGGUUGCCGUGGGAUGCUUGGCACUUGUGAUCCUGCUCUUUGUUCGUCGCCCCGGAGAUGAAACAUGUUUCAAGCAAGCUAUUUCAAAGUUACGCAAUGAGGGAGGCAGAAAUGUUUCUCAAAAGGAGUCAUCUCAUCAGUUCCCCAGAGACUCAUUCAGUGCAAAGCAGCAGCCGUCGUGCCUCACAGCAGCCAAUCUGGGUCCAGUCCAUGUCAACAAUCCGGGGACAGUCGUCUUUAGCUUGCUGAGUCAGUUCACAGGCCAAGUUGGUCCAACAAUCGAAUGUGGGAAGACGGCCAAGAGAGUGUUGAGUGAAGAAGAGGAUGAGCGAGACUGUCCUGUGUUUCAUCCCACGUCCUCUCCCAGUAUUCAUCUCUCCGAGGAGGAAAGGAGCGGAGAGAUUGACAACAUCUUCUUUCCCUCUCAGGAGCAGGGGAAGGACUGCCAUGUGUCCAAAGAGGAGGCACUAUGAUGCAUCCUAAAAAUCCCAGAAGAUUUCUGUUGGUAUUUCUGGCCGCUGGUAUCCGGACUGAUCCUAAACACAGUCUUUUAAAGGAAAGCUCCGUGAAACUGUGAAAGAUGAAUGUGGAGCAGAUCCAUCUCCCUCUGGCAAACUGUGAAGGGAUCUCAGGGCUGUACAGAGACGUAUCUGCAGGUCCCAUGAAAACUUGUGGUCAGUGCACAGCAGUAACUUUAACUCUGGAAAGAACAGCUGGAGGGGGAUCACCUUCUUGUAAGUUAUAAUAUAAAAUGUCAUGUAAAUUUAAAAUGUCAUGUAAAUACUUUUUUUAAGCUCUGUCAGCUCCCUCUGAAGUAUUAGACCUGAAUGUUUAAUGUUUUGCAUAAAUGUUAGGCAUUUGGAUUCCAAUACAAUUUUAUUUUUAAUAAAGAAAACUAAGUAGGAAUUUAUACAA